CCUCACAUGUCCUAGGAGAGCAUUUGCACCCCCUCAGCCUAGCACAGGAUGGACCCCCUGCCUCUGCUCUUCUACUUUUGCACAGUGCUGGCCCCCAGCCGUGGAUUCAGCGUGGAUGUGGAGGGACCCACCACCUUCCAGGAGGCAGCCGUGGGGUUCGGGCAGAGCGUGGUGCAGCUUGGGAAUUCCAGCACUGGGGGGUUGAUUAUUGGGGCCCCACUGCAGAUUGGAAAUGUGAAUGAAACCGGCAAAGUCUACAACUGUGACGUGCGCUCCAAAAGCUGCCAGGAGAUCCCCAUCCAGAGUAGGGCCUCUGCGCUGUGGGGGCCCACUGAUGCCACGAACAUGUCUCUUGGUUUAUCUCUGGCUGCCCGAGGUUCCCAGUUCCUGGCCUGCGGCCCCACAGUGCACCGGGCCUGCGGGGAGAACAUGCACCUCAAUGGCUACUGCUUCCUCCUGGACCAGAGCCUCCAGCAACUCCAGCGCAUCCCGGACACCCAGCCAGAGUGCCCGAAACAUAUCACGGACAUUGUGCUCCUCAUCGACGGCUCGAGCAGCAUCCUAACUGAGGACUUUAGAAAGAUGAAGACGUUUCUCUCUGAGAUCAUGAAGCAUUUCUAUGGCACUGACACGCAGUUCGCGCUCAGGCAGUACUCCAAUAAAUUUAAAGAGCACUUUGAUUUCACGGAGUACAGGAGUAAUCGUGACCCGGAUGAUCUUGUCCAGGGAGUUAAGCAGCUUCAUGGAACAACGCACACAGCCACCGCCAUCUGGAGAGUGGUGCGGGAACUGUUCACUUCUUGGAAAGGUGCUCGGGAGGAGGCCACCAAGAUUCUCAUUGUGAUCACAGAUGGGCAGAAAUUUGGAGACCCGCGUAAUUAUUCAGACGUUAUUCCCGAGGCGGAGAAAGCUGGGAUCAUUCGCUAUGCCAUCGGGGUUGGCCGGGCCUUCUCCAGUUAUGCUGCCCAACAGGAGCUCCGAGAGAUCGCCUCUGCUCCCGCCGACCAGCACGUCUUCUGGGUGGACAAUUUCGACGCCCUCCAGGGCAUCCAGAGCCAGUUGCAGGAGAAGAUCUUCCCCAUCGAAGGCACCCAGUCCCAGAGUGGCAGCUCAUUCCAGCUGGAGAUGUCUCAGGAGGGGUUCAGCUCCCUGCUGUCCCUGGAUGGCCCUGUGCUGGGAGCAGUGGGGGCCUAUGAUUGGUCCGGUGGGAUUUACCUGUAUGGAAAUAGCGGAAAGCCGAGCUUCAUCAACAUAUCCAGAACCUCCAGGGACAUGAAUGAUGCUUAUCUUGGUUAUUCAUCUCAGGUUGUCACAGCCAAUGGGCAGAGCAGAUAUGUGGUCGGGGCCCCUCGCUACCAACACACUGGCAAAGUUGUCCUGUUCGGCCGAGAUACCAAGAGUGGGGAAUGGGCAUUCAGAUCGGAGGUGAUGGGAGAGCAGAUUGGCUCAUAUUUUGGGGGCACACUGUGCGCUGUGGACCUGAACAGUGAUGAGAACACAGACCUGAUUCUGAUUGGAGCCCCCAUGUACCACACACCUUCGACCGGAGGCCGGGUCUGUGUCUGCCUGAUUAACUGGCCGGGGGCGACGCUGAUCUGCAGCAAGACUUUGCAGGGGCAGGUGGGGCAGGUGUCUGGGCGCUUCGGGGCCAGCAUGUCUGAAAUCGGGGACAUCAGCGGGGACGGACAGACGGACGUGGCCAUCGGGGCCCCCAUGGAGGACAACAACCACGGAGCCUUGUACAUCUUCCAUGGGGAAAAGGGAGGCCUCAGUCCCCGGUACAGACAGCGCAUAGGGGGGGCGCAGUUCCCCAGCAGGCUGCACUACUUUGGCCAGGCCGUCAGUGGCGGGACAGACCUGACGGGGGAUGGGCUGCCGGACAUCGCGGUGGGAGCACAAGGGCAGGUCCUGCUGCUGAGGUCCAGACCAGUGCUCAGAGUUGGAAUCACCAUCAAUUUCCAGCCCACUAUGAUUCCCACCUCAGCCAUCAACUGCCAGGAGCAGGAGCAACUCAGCACGGAGGCCAGCGAGACAGAGAUCUGCUUCACCAUCACAAAGAGCACCAGGGACAACCUAGGUGACGAGAUCUUUAGCAUGAUCCAAUACAGCCUGGCCCUAGACCCUGGGCGGAUGAAGAUCCGAGCUGGCUUUGGCUCCACUGGCCCCGUCCUGAGUGGGGACCUCCGUCUGGGCAUUGAGACGAAAUGUGAGAAGCACCAGAUAAUGUUAUGAGCUGGCUUCGGCUCCACUGGCCCCGUCCUGAGCGGGGACCUCCGUCUGGGCAUUGAGAUGAAAUGUGAGAAGCACCAGAUAAUGUUACUGUUCUGCCCUGAGGACACCCUGGCACCCAUCACCCUGCGCCUCAAUUACACCCUCACGGGGGAGCCCAUUGCUGCCACUGGCCUCAAACCCAUCCUGAGUGAGGACUCUGCGCUGGUGUCUGCAGGCUUGGUAAGGUGCCAGAGCCCAAUCACAGAAAGAGGUGGAGUUCUUACUAUGCAUGAAGCAAAUAAAAGCAGAAAGGGAGGCGAGGCUAGCACAAGUGGAAGCGGAAAAACAGGUGAGGCUAGCAGAAAUAGAGGCCGAGGUGAAGCGUGCACAAGUGAAGGCCAAGGCAAGGCUAGCAGAAUUAGAGGCACAGAUGAGCUCCCUUUUCAGAAGGAUUGUGGCACAGAUGGCCGCUGUGAUGACCAGCUAGAAAUCUCCUUCAAUUUCUCUGGUUUGAGCACCCUGGUGGUGGGGGUGAUGCCUGAAUUCAACAUCACCGUGUCCAUCCAGAACCAUGGGGAAAAUUCCUACAGCACCACAGUGCGGUUCUUCUAUCCGGCCGCGCUGUCCUACCGCCGGGUCCUGCUGCUACAGGUCUGGAGCGGAGCCGAGGCCGUCUUCAUCGCCACCUUCGACGUCUCCUCUGAGGCCGACCUGGGGGACAGGCUGCAGAUCACGGCCAGCGCCAGCAGUGACAACGGCGGCCCUGUCACUGAGCGCAUGGUUCACCAGGCGGAGCUUCCGGUCAAGUACGGCAUCUUCAUCAUCCUCAGCAGCCUCGAGGAGUCGACCAAGUACGUCAACUUCUCCGCCAAGGCGGCAGAGACAAGCGCGCCAGUGACACAUCAGUACGAGGUGAAGAACCUGCGGCAGCGAAGCGUCCCCCUGUCGGUCACGUUCCAGUUCCCCGUGGAGCUGAGCGGGGUCCGUGUGUGGGACGCCUCUGAGGUCGUCCCCUCCAAGCCCCAGCUGGCUCAGUGCAUCAGUGAGGUGGGAACACCUGGUUCUAAGGACUUUGUGAAGCAGAUGAGCGAGCGCCCCCUGCUGAACUGCUCCGUGGCCACCUGUAAGAAGAUCCGGUGCACAAUCGCCUCCCUGGAAAUGCAGCAGCCACUGGAGUUCAUGAUCAAAGGGAACGUCAGCUUCCAGUGGGUCUCUCAGACUCUGCAGCAGAAAGUGACCCUGGUGAGCGAGGCCUGGAUUGAAUACGAGGAGAAGAAAUACACCCAGAAGGAGGGAUUUGUCCAGCGCCAGGUGCAGACGAUGGUGCAGCAGCUCGUGGUCUAUAACUACCUGCCCAUCAUUGUGGGCAGCAGCGUGGGAGGCCUGGUCCUGCUGGCUCUCAUCACUGCAGCCCUCUACAAGUUUGGCUUCUUCAAGCGCCAGUACAAGGAGAUGAUGGACACUCUGGAGGACGAGGGGGCUGGCCCGACCCAGAGCGCCACUGAUGGCAACUCCCCUGCUUCUGAUGUCUCCGCACAAUAGCCCGCCAUGCACCCAUUCCCCCUGGCUUUGCUUCCCGCUGGGCUGCUCCAGCUCCACCCUACCCUCUUGCAUUUGUCACCUUCAAGAUACAGAAAGACUGAUCACUGCCUACCCUCCCACCAGCCAAUCAUGUCCUGGUGCCAACUCAAGCUAAUCAAUACUCAGAUUAGACUUGGCCGGAUAGUUACCUUCCUAUAAUUUUGAAGGAAGACACAAGUUAGUUCAUAGGCUUUUUUUUGUUGAGUUCUAUUGAUUUAAAUUGUGAUGUGGAAAAUUAUAAGUUUUAAGCAUUUCCCCCCCAUUUUUUAUCAAUUUCAAUGAUCACGGUUGUGGGAAUUUGUAUGUUUCAGGGGCCACGCGAUAUGUGAUGAUCAGGCAAUUAUUUAAUGGCAGUAGAGGUUGAGAUUCAAAAAGUUAAAGCUUUAUAACUGUGCUUGGAAGGACUGGAUUUUUAUUGGUAAAAGCUGAGUUCAUUGUACACAUAGAAACUGGUGGCAAAAUAUUUCCAUCCGUAAUAAUCAAAAUUUCCUGCUUGAAAGUGUAUUAGAGCUUGAUUUAAGGCUCUUGUGUUUGUAUAUUUUGACCUGUGAUGCUAAUAAUUUGUGUUUGAACAAUUAUAAUUUGACUUACUGCAAUGAAAACAUUGAUUUUAAUAUUAGGGUUUGAUUCCAUCUGUGAUUUUCAGUAACUGAAAAUUUAAAUUAAGAAAAAUAGAAAGCAUGCUUGAAUGGACAGCGAUCAAUUGUUGCUGUGUUAGGAUUUAGCACUGGUAAUGAGACACUGAAUGAGAUUAUUUUGAAUGACAUGUGCCUGGUUAAGGUACAAUGUCACUGGCAUUAACAGGGUAUUUGUUUACUCAAUUUGAGUUCUAUGCAAUUUAUUACUUUUUGUUUACCAAUUUGUUCUUUUCUUGCUUUCAUGUUGCUUGCUGCCAUUUGUUUGGUGAUUUUUACCUAUGUGUUGGUUAAACAGUUUAGCAAUGUAACGCACAUUAUACAUGGUGUACAGCAAUAAUACAAUACAGCAGUAAUAGAGUGCUAUAGCAAUAACACAGUCGAUUUUACAUAUAGCCAUGUUUAAGUUAACUAACAGUAAUUUCUAACAAAUUGCUCAUAGAUGGUAGAUCAAGGUGAACAAUCUCUUGUUUAUAAAACACUUCAUUUUUCUUGUCUUGAUUCUUGGACAUUUCUUCACCGUAUACUGCUAUUUUCUGGUGUGUUUUAUGUUGUGAUAUUGUCUGGUGUUUCUGGUCUGUGGUAGCGAUGUGAAUGACUACUCGACUAGUCAAUUCUCUCCCCUUUGCUGCCUCAAUCAGAAAAAGGCAGGAGGGGAAGGGUGUGGAAAGAGGAGGGGGUGCUUCAAAGCAGCAGUGCCGCAUGGAGCCUGGGGUCAGCUGGGGAAUGACCUCAGGCUUCAUGCAGUACUGCCACUCUGAAAUGCUGCAAGGAGCACUGGCUUGCUUCCGCCACUGACCUCGUGUUUCCAGCAGUGUUUUCACCUUUGACGUGUAGGAAUAGCCCUGGGUGGAGGACACUUCAAAGGUGGAGGCGCUCUUAUUGACUAAUCGAAUAUGCAAAUUGAAUUAACUAUUUGAUUAGCCGAUUAAUCUAAAUUUAACAUCCCUAGUCUGUGGGAUGAAACCUUAAACAGUUUAAGUUAGUUAACAUAAUCUAGGUUUUUUGUUUGUUUGUUU